ACCAGGGAAGUGUUUGGAAACUGCAGCUUCAGCCCCUCUGGCCAUCUGCCGACCCACCCCCUGGAGCCCUUAAUGGGCCAAACACCAGAGUCCAGGGGGCAGAGAGGAGGUGCUUUAGACUAUAAAAUUGGUAGGGACCCAGUAACCCCCAGCCCUACGUGACUAGCUACAAUCAGAGGCCGUCAGCAAGCAGGUCACUGUUCCAUCAUGGCCCUGUGGAUGCGCCUUCUGCCCCUGCUGGCCCUGCUGGUCCUCUGGGAGCCCAAGCCUGCCCAGGCUUUUGUCAACCAGCACCUUUGCGGUUCCCACCUUGUGGAGGCCCUCUACCUGGUCUGUGGGGAGCGUGGCUUCUUCUACACACCCAAGUCCCGGCGUGGCGUGGAGGACCCACAAGUGGCACAGUUGGAGCUGGGUGGGGGCCCCGGAGCAGGUGACCUUCAGACCUUGGCGCUGGAGGUGGCCCAGCAGAAGCGAGGCAUUGUGGACCAGUGCUGCACCAGCAUCUGCUCGCUCUACCAGCUGGAGAAUUACUGCAACUAGCCACCUCCCCAACCCAGCCCCCCUUUCUGCAAUGAAUAAAACCUCUGAAGGAGCAC